CCCUAACUAGCCCACGAGCUGCUGGCCAACCUGCCCCUCCAGAUGAUGCUCUACUUCAACGCCUGCUACUUCCCCGCGUGGUGCCUGGCGGAGGGAAUGAUGCUGCAGCUGAAGUAUCACCUCCUGCCUGGGCACUACCAGUUCCUGCUGGUCACCACUUUCCUCAUCCUCUUGCUGGUUGAGGGCUCCCGCCUCUACUUGGGCUACCUGGGGAACCUACAGGAGAAGGUAAGCACCACCUCUGCCCUGGCCUCAAGUCCCCUAUUCCUGGUGAGGGGUGGUGUUGCUGUGGCUUUGCUGGAUGGUCCCUCACUCAGGACCCGAGCACCCAUCACAACCCAUUCCUCCUGGAGUCCUGUCUGGAGCCAUCCUGGGAGGGAAGCAUAAGGGCAAGCAGGACCUGGAGGCAGGGGACAAGGGACUGACUCAUUCUCCUGCUGUACCCCUCCCUGUGUCAUGGGUGCAAUGCUCCAGCACUGGGCUUCACAGUGCCUGAAUACACACAGGCACAGCUCUGUGUGGCAGCAAUGUCCCAGUGCCCAAGGUGCCAAGGCCAGCAGAGUGGGAUAGUGGUCUCCGUACCCCACCGAUGGCUUCUGCACCCAUGUCACCAGCUCUGCUCCUGCAGGUACCCGAGCUGGCCGGGUUCCUCCUGCUCUCCCUCCUGAUCCAGCUCCCGCUCCUGCUCUUCCUGCUGACGGACAGCCAGGUCCUGUGCCUGCCGCUGGAGCUGGCAGUGCACAGCCUGCUCCUGGCCUUCCUCCUGGCCGAGAUCGUGGCUGCCUUCCUGGCUCUGCGCACCAUGAGCAAGCAGCUGGCAGCACAGUUCUACCUGCGGCAGUGGGAGGAGGGCGGCCGGGAUCUGUCAGCGCAGGCAGCCAGGGAAGGACCCUGCUGCAAGACUCCCCCAGCCCACGCUGUCAGCCCCAUCAGGGAGCAUUAAACAGUGCUCACGGCCCCAGUGCUGCAGU